UUCAUGAAAAAAUGUUCACAAUACAGAGUGAGAUGUGGCAGUGAGGUCGGUGUGAAGCGCGCUCCAUGAGGAGCAAUUCCUCUAAAUCGAUCCAAUACCACCCCUGGAACGAGCUACAAUUCCGACUUCCAAACCCACCCACCCACUAUCUGCCAAAAAUCCUUCACAUGUCUUUUGUUUCUAGCGACGUGAUAAAAAGCUUCUCAACUCGUUGAUUGCACUUGUUUCAACAUCAAGUAGUCACGGGGCUUAUUAACUUAAAUAAAAUACCCUUUCCCAAGUCCCAACUUUAUCAUGAUGUUUUAAAAAGCUCUUCAGGGUACAGCUACAACUGUAGAGGCUCUUCUGCUCUGGUAGAAGCUUCUCCUCCCUUUCCCCUGUUUUCUUUCCAUGGAUCCGAGGAUUGUCUGUCUUCUUCUUGUAUCCGUUUUUGCUCCAUCGCUCUCGCUGAAUGCUCAUCAAGCAAAACCCGCUGCCAGAAUCACUGUAAUGGGCGUGGUUUUCUGUGACAUAUGCUCAAACAACACCUUCUCUAGGCACAGCUACUUCUUACCAGAUGUGGACGUUCACAUAGAUUGUGAGUUCAAUGCAAACUCACCCACUGCCUCGGAAAGGUUCUCCUUCUCAGUCAACAGAAAAACAGAUAGAUUUGGCGUUUAUAGGUUGGAAAUCCCAUCAGUUGAUGGAUUUGAAUGCGCAGAUGGACCAGCGAUAGAGUCAUUUUGCAAAGCAAGCUUGAUUGGGAGCUCAUCUUCUUCAUGCAAUGUUCCUGGUUUGAAGACCACGUCUGAUGAGAUAGCAAUCAAGUCAAAGCAAGUCAAUCUCUGCGUUUACAGCUUAAGUGCACUGAAUUACAGACCACGCAAGAGGAAUAUUACCUUAUGCAGAAAUUACAAAGAGGAGUUCUCAAAUUCUUUGAAUUCCUCCAAGUUCUUUUUGCCCUACUUUCCACCAUUUGGUUUUCCUUUACCUCCGUUGCCUCAGUUACCUCCUUUUCCCUCGUUUCCUUUCCCUCACUUGCCACCUUUUCCAUCCUGGUCGUUCCCCCCAAUACCAUUUCUAAACCCACCACCCUCUCUGCCUUUCCCAUUCCCACUCUCCCCAACUCCACCUCUGCUUUUUCCAUCUCCUCCUCCGCCUGCAAUCAACCUGAAGGACCCAAGAACUUGGAUACCUUUAAUCCCUGCUUCCCCUCCACCACCUGCAUUCAACCUUAAAGACCCAAGUACUUGGGUACCUUUAAUCCCUGCCUCCCCUCCACCACCUUCGUUCAACCUGAAGGACCCUAGAACCUAGAUUCCUCUAGUCCCUACCUCCCCUCCACCACCUGCAUUCAACCUAAAGGACCCAAGAACUUGGAUACCUCUAGUCCCUGCCUCCCCUCCUCCACCAUCUGCAUUCAAUCUAAAAGACCCUAAAACUUGGUUACCUUCAGUUCCUGCAUCACCCCCACCGCAUAUUUAAUAGGAGAGACCCCAGAACUUGAACUUUGGAUAUACCUUUCACCCCUCCAUCUCCUCCUACCUACCAUAAAAUCUAGCAUCCAAAAUAGCUUAGCUAUUGCUUUUCAUAUGGUAAGUGACCCUGCGAGCUAUACACUACAUGUGGUCAAGGAGUUAUCAUGUAGGUGUUGAAUACAGCUUAGAGAGAGAGAGAGAGAGAGUAUAUUGGUUUUGUUUCAAUCGUCUUAGGAGUUAGGAGUAGGAAUUGUUGACACAACUUAUGAAAUUCAUGUACAUUGUCUUGACUCUUGAGGAAGACACACAACUACAGUUUAAGAGACAAUACAGGGGCAUCUCCCGUGCUGAUUUUUGAAACA